ACCAGGUAUAAAUGAGUGCGCCUUCCUCGAAAUUUUACUGUUGAAACGAUCUUCGUUCAACAAAAGUCAUCUUCUCGGACCAGCAACAACGGUCUGUUCACCUUGAGUGAUUUGCGUCGACGAAGCUUUCAAAGUCGCUUUGCUGCUCUUCAUCUUAUGAUCAAUAUGUCGAGGCUAUUUUCAGUGGCCUUGCUUCUCCUGCUUGCUUGGUACGUGACAUCAACAUCAGUGACAGACCCUCAUGGUAGUGAUCCGAAAACAUGCGAAAUAGCAACGUGUGGUGAGAAGAAAGUAGCUCGUCCUCUGAGUACAUUUUUCUCAAGAGUUCCUUACAACCUUCUAGAGUUCUUGAUACGGCAAGUCCCAAACGUUGCCCCACAGAGUCGUGCAGAAUUGGAAUUCAGUGCUCUCUGGCUUCUUGAUGAAGAAUUAAAGGACGUGAAGACCACUGACUUCAAGUACAUCCCUGAAGGACCCAAAGGACCAUCGACUCCACUUCUUGACGUCAACCUUAUUGUCAGCCCGACAUCGGAAAAGACGCAAAACUACAUUGUGGCCCGUUCAAUGGACGCCAGACACCCCCCAGAAUUUGUCAUCCACAAACAGAUUACACUCAACGGUGCUUUACGUUCUUACAAGCAGGGCAAGGCCAUGCUGAUGUACUCACGCUUGUACCCAACUCAUCAAGGUGUUUUGCAGAUUUGCCACAUAAAAGAAGUGUUGAAGUUACCAGUUAUGGUGGUCUUCUCUAUCCUUAGAAGAAACGUGGAAGAAAAGAGGCACCUGACGCAUCUGGCGCACUGUGGAAUUAAGGCGAUCCAGCUUCCACCCAGACUACCCAUAACCAAACCUCCAGAAGUGAAAGAAAUCAAACCGAUGCCCAACAUCGACUACAUCUUCCAUGGCUACAACUUCCUCUAUGGAAACCCUGUUGUUGACCCACAAGUAGGACGCGACCCUGGAGUCUCUCGUAUGCCGAUCUUUCGGGCCACCUUCGACCGAGGCUUGACAACGCCUGAUCAAAGGUACUUGAUUCCAGAUGGCAUGUCCUUUCUGAAGGCGGUUAGCUGCAGAAUUGACUUCAACUCAGCCCAGGAUCGCAGCGAGAAAGCUUACAUCAAAUCCUUAGCUACUACAGUUGGAGCUGGAGCUUCUUUUCUGGGAUUUGGCUUUAAAGCAAGCACAAAGGUGCAAGAGAAGACCGCAGAACUGAGGAAAGUUAGUUACUCGUACGUGAUCACUGAAGCUGUUUGUAGUGUUUACACUGGCGCCGUCUUCAUGGAUUUGCCUCCUAAACCCUCGGAUGAGUUUGUAGCGUCACUGAAGAAGUGCGAGAAGGACCUAUCAGAGGACUCUUUUAGAAGUCUGAUUGACAACUUUGGUACCCACUUCUUAACGGAUGUCGUCAUGGGAUCUAAAUAUGGCGAGGAAAGCAAAAUAGCCACUGACGAGUACGAGAAGAUGGUGUCCGAGGGUCUUGACGUGGGAACGGCUGCUGGGUACUCUGGCAGAUUUUCCGCAGGCGUGACAACUGAGACUGCUUCAGAGAAACAGCAAAGGGAAAGAUUCGAGUCAGCCCGUACAAGUAAGACCAGCUACUCGUAUGGCUCUAAUAUUCCUUCGAACGGUAGUGCCACCGCCUGGCUCUCGAAGAGCUCUGAUGAUCCCAUGCCAAUCAAUAUGGACAUCACAGCAUUGUCAGAACUCAUGACUGAAGAAUUCCUUGGUGAUACCGGCAUCGACUACGAAAAAUUGAAGAAGCCUCUGAUAGACUACUUGACCCAGUACUGUUCAAAGCUUGUAGAUGAGGGAAAAGCAAAAGAUUGCAUGCCACCGACAGAAUUUGCCACUAACGGUCCAGGUCUGACCACGUUGCUUACAACCGGCAGUCAAGUCAUCGGAAUUGAUAUGAUUGACCAAAACACCAUGGCGCUGGUCUAUGGUAAGAGAAGCUGGACACUUUCCAUUCGAUCACUCUCCGAAGAACUGGCCUCCAAGCAGCUGAUCGACAAAGACAUGGCCUAUGGUAUGGUGCUCUGUCGAGGAAGUCGCCGUCUGGGUGUUCUCAUCUCUGACAGGGAGACCUACGCCCGCAUCGAAAUGUACGAAAUCAGUGGCGACGGUAAGACCAUAACCAAAGAUAGAGACGAAGACCUCCUUAGCAUCGGAAUGACACAGAAAGACAUCAGCGAUUUGUACUUUAACAGGCUUACCUACUAUGCUGACGUGAACGGGUUUUUGUUGGCGAGGCAAGUAGAUUGGGUCGAGCUGUGGAAGAUCGAUAGCAUUUGCAUCCCCAAUGCACAAGUAACAGCCAGACGGAUACUGAACUUGCAACCUGCCUGGGCAAACUACCUGAAAACAGCAGUCCACCUGAGUGACAACUUUUUUGCCAUCUCAUUUGACGCUAAAACGGCCAGUACUCUCAAGGUCGUGGAAGUGUUUAGCGAGAGUAGCUACAACGACAGCAUUGCCGACUUCAGAUGGACCAUGCCCCUGGCCUGCGGCGCCUUGUUCAAAGAUGACAAAGAUGCGCUGAUAGCUUUGGGAACGCAGAUUCAGCCUGGCGUGGGAACCGGCAUGAUGUCGGCAUUCCGUUGGCUGAGAAACGAGAAAAGGCUGGAGUUCGGAUCACACCUGCUGACCGAUGACUUCCUGCAAGAUGGGUCGGAGCUUGGCGUCCUCUCCGUGUACGGUGACAUGGUGUACUUUGCAGAGGAAGGCUAUGACGAUACUGGAAAGGUCCUGAAGUACCAGUUUAGGUACGAGUAACGCAGGUACCCACGCAUGGCUGUCGAUGGAACACAAACACUGAUUACAACGAACAUUGAUUUUGCAUUAGGUACUAAGCAUUUGAUUCUUGAAUAGGGUGGUUUUCAGGAUACUAUUCCGAAGAAAAUGUUCUUUUAUGUGUUUUGUUCAGUUUUCUGAUUCAAGCCAGAGAAGAAGGCCAUUUUAAGGGCCAGUCAGCUUGAGGUCGCUUGUUGCAGUCAUUUCAAGUUUCGCCUUUUUUUCUGUUAAAAGGGGCCUCGUUAGCUACACCUUUGUUUUUGUUUACAAGCGAGAGUUUGGCUAUUAUAUUUUAUUCGGAGCAUGUCGAAACGAAAGAAAUCACUGCGAAUCAAGUUGAGAUAAUUAAACAUACUUUCAGGAAAACAACUUGCGGUAAAGCAAUAAGAUGUCGCUUCACCAUGCAAUGUCAAUA